AUGGCGGAUGGCGGAGCGACGUCAUCAAGCCCGACUGCUGGAGAUCCUAUGGCACAGAUUCGUGCAAUGGCCGAGCUUGCUAUAGAGACAGCGCGGGCAAAUCAGGCGGCAAUUCAGAGUUUGGUGCAGUUGCAGGCAGACAAUUUGACGGCGCAGGCAGCACGGAAUGUGAGCGGUCAGAACAUCUCGGGAAAAGAUCUGGUACGAUCCAUUUGUGCCGUCAGUCAGAGCACAAACGAGAGCGAUCAGGUGGCGGCCACGUUGAGGCCUGAGCUUGCGGAGAUUGGAACAGGUUGGAAGCAGAUUAGCGAGACAUGCUGGGCAGUGAAAUUGUUCGGCAUGAACUUCACAGACGUGGCAGCAAGCUUGCCGCAAGCUGAAGUGGACAGAAGGUCUACUCUCAUCAAGCAGAAUGGGAGAUGGUGGGUGAUCGAGUUUGCAGAUCGUUUGAGUGAGCUUGAGAAUGUUUCAGGUAAGAUCGAAGAGCUGCAGGAACCCACCGAGAUGAUCACUCUUGCUCAUCGAGGAUAUCAGGACACUGCGAAGCUGGGUUUCGAUGUUGAGUCGUUGGCAUCAUUUCCGGGUGGAUCUGCAUCAGAAAGCAGUGCGGUGAAUGUUCAGGCAGAAGCUGCACCUAGUGACAGGCCUGCGGAACAGGUCAAUCCGGCUGAGGAAUCUGCAGUGGACGAGGCUCGGAGAGAUGUGCCAGCGGAAGCGUUGGUUCCAGUUGAUGAGCAUGAAGUGGAGUUUGAAGGCAAGAUGUUGACAAUGAAGGACACUUUGUCGGUCUUGAGGGAAGCACGCACGAAAUGUGGUAUUGGAAAGUCUGGAGGCAAAGCAAUUAUUCUGAAGCGUCUGGGUCAGCACUUGAAGGCGCAAGACAUGAGAGCAGAACAGAAGGUGCACAAUGAGAUCUUGCAGGGAGAGAAGCGAAAGGCGAACUCUCCACCAGGCGUCUCACAGCAGAGCAAAAGUGGGAUGCAGGGCUGGCAGCGACACUCAGAGGCAUGCCCUGGGAUUACCCUGGUUACCUUGGAGGGCAUCUGGGAUUUGGAAGGCCAAGGCGUGCUGCUGAACCCGAACAGGGUGUUGAUGGUGAAGAAGAGCGAUUUAUGGAGGUUUUACCGGAUGAAGCCCCUUUGGAGGGUGGUUCCACCUGAGAGCGCUCGUGUGCGGGACCCGGCGGAGGAAGAGCGUGACUCCAAGGCAGCGAAGGUGUCGCCAAGAAAGGAGAGGCAGAGCAAGGAUUCCAGAGUUCGGAAGGAAGAUUCGGAGCUUCUUUACUACCCGGUUGGUCCCGGGGGCGAGGAGCCACAGUUGGCGGAAAGUGAUUUGCAGGCGAUAGAUGAUCUCGCGAAGCGCAUGGAGGUGGACAGGCUCAUGACCAUGGGUGUUUUGAAGCCCAUAAGCAAGCAGGAGGCGCAGGAGUUGGGAUUGAGAACACUCAGUACGAAGUUUGUGACAACUUGGAGGCCGAAGCAGCGAGACCAAGUUCCGAAGUUUAUGCGUCGGGCUAGGUUCGUUGCUCGAGAAUUCCACUGGGAUGAUCCGCAUCGGCAGCAGCUAUUUGCACCGGCGACGUCAAGUUUGGUCAUUCGAUUGUUGCCGGCCCUGUUUCAGCACAAGAAAGCAGAAGGUUUGGACUGGGUAAUGAUUGCGUUGGAUAUUAGCGAUGCAUAUUUGACGGUGGAUCAGCAAAUCCCCACUUGUGUGAAUGCAUGGAUUGAUGGGGAGGAAUGGACAUUUCAGCUGGACAAGCUGUUGCCAGGCCAGCGUGACGGUGCGCGUGAGUGGCAUGGAGCAUUUACAAGUUUCUUGAAGGAGAAAGUUGGAGUGGAAGGUUGCACAGUUUGCCCUUCAGUUUUGCGAGCAGCUGAAGGAUUCAAUGGUCUUUUGCAUGUGGAUGAUAUGCUUGGAAUUGGCACUGAGGAAUUUAUCAUGGAGAGACUGGUGCCCGCAGUGGAAAGUAGAUACAAGGUGACGUAUGAGCUCAUCACCAAGCCCGGACAGGAAUUGUGGUUCUUGAAGAGGAAGCUGAUUUACCAUCGCUCACUGCGGUUUAUCAUUCAGCCCCACCAGAAGAAUUUCACAAAGCUGUUCGAGCUGAUGAAUAUCAAUCCGGACAGGGUGAACCCGAGGGCAGCACCAAUGCCUAGUGGAGGUGCUCAAGCCAAGCUGGCGGACAAUCCUUUGGAGGAACCUGCGGCAAGCAAGUACAGGGCGGCGGUUGGACUGUUGCUUUACAUGAGCACGGACUUGGUUGAUUGCCAGUAUUGCAUCAAGACGUUGGCACAGUGCAUGGUGUUGUGGAUGCAGCAGCGAGUGGCGCAGGGCUUCUUCCAGGUCGGAACAGUUCCCACGGCAACAAAUGUGGCGGACUUGAACACGAAGGCUUUGAGCCGAGAUCGGGUGAAAAUCUUGAGUUUCUUGGUCGGCAUUGUGUCGGGCGAGUUUGAAGGUGAGACAGAUGAAUGGGUGCCUGUAGGUUUUGGUGAGUACGAGGCGCUCAUGAUGAAGGAGAACACGAGGUUGGCCAUCCGGAGGAUUAGAUCUGACUUGAGUGGCCAUGAGGCGUUUGAAGGCGCGAGCAACACGUCGAUCACACAGACAGCAAAGAGAGUUUUCGCAGCUGGGAUGAUCAGUAUUUUGCUGCAGCCUGGCGGUAGCGAGAGGAUCGAGCACGACGCCUUGAGCAGUGACAACGAGCUCAAUGGUUUGAACAAUCAGCAUGAUUGGAUCAUGGAUGCGAUUUUCUUUUGCAGCAUUGCAUGGAUGGCAGUUUGCAUUUCUUAUGGAUGUUUUUACUUGAUGACAUGUGGCUACGGCAAGAUUUCAGCGUGGUUUGGAACUGCGAAAGUCAAAGAAGAGAACAUUGUGUUCAUUACGGAGUUUGGGAAGCAUUAUCACAGACGGAAUUGCAAAUGGCUCGUGAAGAGCAUUCUCAUCGAGAUUGAGGAGAACACUGCAGUUGCAAGGCACUACAAGAAGUGCCACACUUGCCAUUACUUGGACAGAGCUGAGUUUGGUGGCAAGAGCAGCGCAAGACAGGGUGCAACUGCAGCAAAGCGGAAAACAAAAGAUGGAGGCGUGCGAUAA